AAUUAUGAAAACGAAGCUGUAUAUAAGGAGGACGAUCGAGAUAGGCGUUUGCGUCGAAUUUGUGUUGUUGAAAAAGACUGAAUAUCGAGUACGAUAAUUAUCCACGAGGGCGGCGGUGAUGUUCUUAAAUUUAGAUUUAAGUACGUGUGAUUUUAUAAAUAAACAAAUGAAAUUAAUAGUUCUCUUUGAUGUUUUUGUUUUUAUUACUGUUAUUAAAAAUCAGACCAAGCGACUAGAUGCGCUCUCUAGUGGCAAUAGAAAUCAUCCUUUCAUUGUGAAUAUUGUACCCACAUUUAUAACACGGCGAUCGUCCUCCUUGUAUAUAGGCUCCAUGGGCGUCGUAUAGAGAACGUGUUGUACAGUAAUUAAUCCCCCAUCCCUUCCUGCAGAUACCUUAAUCUUGGUAUCCUGGACUAUUCAUUUGUCCUCUUAAGACACAUUAAAACGUUUACAUAAUUUGAAUAGAAUUCAAUAAUUCAAUAAAAUUAGCAACAUACAUUUUUUCUCAUCGCCAUGGAUGUGAAAGAAAUGCGGGAAAUGUUUGAACAAAAGCUGACUAAACUCAUAAGUAAAAAAAAAGAUAACAGCACCUUCCUUAGCAGUGAUCAGUAUAAGAAUCGAAUAGAAGCUGUUAAAGAAGCUAAAGAUAUUUUGAGCAGUAGUAAGGGAAAAAUGAAACUUCCCAUGCACUAUUGGCUUUCAGAACGGUUUGACAUUAUUAACGAUGGUGGUAAAGAGAAAUUAAUUAAACGAAUUACAGACAUAUCAAAACCCAUCUUGUUCUUUGUACAUCAAGAAGAACUGUUUGAUAUUUUGCAUAGCACUCAUUUAAACAUUGGGCAUGGAGGACGGAAUCGCAUGAUUGAAGAACUACACCGCAAAUAUUUUAAUAUUACUAGAGAAACAGUUAUGAUUUAUCUUAGCUUGUGUAAUUUUUGCCAAAAUAAGAGCAUUACGCCCAAACGUAAUUUAGUUACAGGGCCUGUUUUGCAUUCUACUUGUUUUUCUAGAGCGCAAAUUGAUAUCAUUGAUAUGCAAUUACAUAACUACAAUAAUUACCGGUUCAUCAUGGUACAUCAAGAUUAUCAAACCAAAUUUGUAAUUAUACGAGCUUUGAAGACGAACCAGGCAGAAGAAGUGGCCAGUCAUCUUUUGGACAUUUACACAACUUUUGGGAUACCUAUUAUUCUCCAGUCUGGUAAUGGCAGAGAAUUUGUAAUUUCUGUAAUAACAAAAUUGCACGAGAUGUGGGCUUCAGUGAAUAUAGUCCAUGGAAAACUUCAAUGUAGCCAGCCACAAGGUUUAGUGGUAAAAGUAUCCAGGGACGUUGAAUCUAUAUUGGCUACAUGGAUGGUAGAAAACAACACCCGAGAUUGGCCAUCAGGACUGAAAUUUGUUCAAUUUCAGAAAAACCAUGAAGUGCAUUUAGGAAAACUUGGUACAAACAUUGACAAUUGAUAACUCAGAACGAUCUAUUCAACCAACAUGGCAUCGUGUUGUGGAAAAUGAAUAAUAUUCUACUUGCUAAACCCUACUGACGAAAUAAGGGUCUAAAUUAAAAUAUCUGACUUGCAUCUGUUUGGAAUCUAUUCAAAACAACAGAAAAAGUGCAAGUGAAUGCUUUGGAAAGCAGAUUAGGAAAAUAUUGAAAUGAACAUAGAACAAGUUUCCUCCAGUUGAACUGGAAGCAACAGUUUGUCUAUCAAUUUCUAACGUUGACAGGAGUCGUGAAUCUCCCAAUAACAUCCUAGCCAUGACGAAGAGUGUUGAUGAGGAUCUGUACACACUGUGCUCUGAACAUGGCCAAUUCAAGCACAAGUACAUGCGUGCAGAAAUACAUUUGUGCUCUGAAAAAUUAUUAGACUUAGCUGCUGUUACUGCAAAAGCGGAUAACAUUUGAGAAAAAUCAAUUUUGAUUUCUCUGAGGGAGGCGGUAUUUUUUAACAGUGUAUUAGAGUUACAGGUGUAUAAGAAAGGAACUGCAAAAACAAAUGUGUUUAAUAGUAAUAUGUCAAGGUUACAGGGGUAUAAGAAAGGAAUUGUAAAGCCAAAUGUGUUUUUAAAAAGAGCAUGUACAAAGCCACCGGUCAACUCCGCAAUUUCAAGUGCUGCAAUUCUUUUCUUUGCUGCAUUAAAUGGCACUUAUCAUUAAUUGUGAUUAUAAAUGAUUGUUUGUUGAUUUUUACUAAAAAAACAACAGAGGAGAUAUUCAUUUAUCUUAAUCCAUCAUCGCUUGUAUUCUGCCUAUCGCUCUUACAUAUUCUUUUAUUCUGAUAGAUGUUUUCUUAUCUCUGUCAUCUCACAAUCAUUGCUGGUUUAUUUCAUUUUUAAUAGCUUAAAAACUUUUUUUUAAGUAAUUUCCACCCUCUUCAUGUGUUCUAAACAUGGUUAAUUCAAACAUAUUUUAUAGAUUGACCGAAACUCGUUAAAGGCAUUGUGUAUAUAUUUUUAAAUUUCCUUAUCAGAGUGAUUCAAUACAUUGAAUACUAUCCUCUGGGUAUUUUUUAUAAUGAUCAGACAUUUUAUAAAUUGACCAAAACCUACUUCAGGCAUUGUAUAGAAUUCCCACGUUAAAUACAUUGUCCAUAACACAGAUAUCAACACUUUAUACUUAUAUUUAAGUAAGAUGAAGAGAAAUUGUGUUUAUUUUAGAAUAUCUUAAAUAGAGUAAAAUUGUAAAUGAAUGAGAUUAGAUCUGCACAUCAACAAUAUUAAAUUGAGUAUUAACUUACAUUGAUAUUUAUAAAUAGUAACUAGAAACUAAACAAUAAAAUUUUACAAUAUA